UCGUCCUUUGUUCUGUCAGCAAAUAAAUAGGAGUAAAUCUCUCUCCAGUGCUCACACCCCUCCUCAACAAUCCUUCAGUGCUCCUGUGCUGCCAGAAAGGAAAGCUUCAUUCAACAUGAAAUUCAUCCUGCUUGCUGCCUGCAUCCUUGGGAUGUCUCUCUGUGCCCCUCCUCAGAUGUUCAUGGAGUUUGACAUCCAUCAUGCUCCGGCUCAGGCAGCCCAGGCUAUUCCUGCUGGAGCCCCAGUUGGAACUCUGGAAGUUCUGCUCCCGGUUGAUGCUCAGAGUCAGCCUGUUGGAGGACCUGUCCGUGGCUUCAUCAAGCAGGAGAUCCCUCAGCCAAACGGUAGAGAGACCAAAGAGGUGUUCUACCCCUUCGGUUUCGACCUGCCAGAUCCUGCCGCUGCUGCCCCUGUUGCUCCUGCUGAUCCUGUUGCUCCUGCAGCUCCAGCUGCUCCUGCUGCUCCUGCUGCUCCGGCUGCCCCUGUUGUACCUAUUAUUGCUGCUAGUGCCCCUGCUGCCAUACCCAGCGGAGACGAUGAUGAUGAUGACGAUGACUAAAAAAUCAGAGUCAGCAGGAUGUGCACACAUUUGUGCAUGAACAGGUGACUAAUGCAUUUAGACCAGCAGCCUACCCCGGUGAAACAUGACCAGCCAACACUGUUGCUCCUAAAGUAUGAAAAAUAUGGUGCUAUGCCUUUGAAAAGAAGAUGGUGCUGUGAAUUUUUAGGGAAAAAAAUGGCGCUCUGCAGAUUGUGCUACAUAUGCUUUUCUAUGAAAUAACAAGAAAAAAGUGCUGUCUCUUAAUAAAAAAUCAUGCUAUGCAAUGAAAUAUGAGUGUCUUUGGAGUCACUACAUGUUGUUGUUUCCUAAAUCAAAUUUGCUAUAACUAUGCUUCAUAAUGAAUAAAAAGAACUAAUCCAU